ACCGGACACGGGAAGGAUGUCUUCCUCUCUCCGCAGGCUCGCGACUACGGUCGCACGCGCCGCCGCCCCGGUGUACCAAGGUACGUCUAGGGCUGCCGGCUGGCGCCAGACCACCCCUGCGCUGUGGCGCACCGCGCGCGCGUACGACGUGAACUCCCGCAGCAAGGAGCACCUCAACAUCGGUACCAUUGGCCACGUUGACCACGGUAAGACCACCCUCACCGCCGCCAUCACCAAGGUUCUCGCCGAGAUAGGCGGCGCGGAGGUCGUUGCGUUCGAUCAGAUCGACAAGGCUCCCGAGGAGAAGGCUCGCGGCAUCACAAUCUCCACCUCGCACGUCGAGUACGAGACCGAUAAGCGUCACUACGCCCACGUCGACUGCCCCGGCCACGCGGAUUACGUCAAGAACAUGAUCACCGGCGCCGCACAGAUGGACGGCGGCAUCCUGGUGGUGUCCGCGGCGGAUGGCCCAAUGCCGCAGACGCGCGAGCACAUCCUCCUAGCGCGCCAGGUCGGCGUUCCCAACCUGGCGGUCUUCCUGAACAAGGUUGACAUGGUGGACGACGAGGAGCUGAUCGAUCUGGUGGAGAUGGAACUGAGGGAGAUGCUCUCCUUCUACAAGUUCGACGGCGACAACAUCCCCAUCGUCCGCGGCUCCGCGCUGCACGCGCUGAAGGGCACCGACGACAAGCUGGGCAAGGAGGCCAUCCUCGAGCUGAUGAAGGCGUGCGACGCGUUCCCUUCCCCCGAACGCGUGCUCGACAAGCCGUUCUCGAUGCCUGUGGAGGACGUGUUCUCCAUCCAGGGUCGCGGUACCGUGGCGACCGGCCGCAUUGAGCAGGGUAUCGUGAAGGCGGGCGAGGACGUGGAGCUCAUUGGCAUCGUGCCGACGCAGAAGACGACGGUGACGGGCGUGGAGAUGUUCAAGAAGUCCCUCACCCAGGGUCAGGCAGGCGAUAACUGCGGGCUUCUGCUGCGCGGCCUGAAGCGCGACCAGGUGCAGCGCGGCCAGGUGCUCUGCAAGCCCGGCUCCAUCACCCCGCAUAAGAAGUUUGAGGCUGAGAUUUACGUCCUCAACAAGGACGAAGGCGGCCGUCACACCCCAUUCUUCAGCAACUACCGCCCCCAGUUCUUCAUGCGCACCGCCGAUAUCACCGGCACCAUCACCCUCCCCGAGGGCACCGAGAUGGUCAUGCCCGGUGACAACAUCACCGCCGUGUUUGAGCUCAUCACCCCCAUCGCCCUGGAGAAGGGCCUGCGCUUCGCGCUCCGCGAGGGUGGCCGCACGGUUGGCGCAGGAAUCGUGUCGAAGGUUCUCGAUUGAUAGAUUGUCUUUGGUAUUAAAAAGAAUGGGAGAGCGAACAGCUACGCCGCU